AUGGAGGCAAGUGUAGAAAGGUGAGGAGGGCGAUGUAUGGUUGGUUAUUGAGUUGCAACACUCACCCAUUGUAGGACUUCCCAGCCUGACCAAUAUGACUCUCAGGUCGUCACUAUGGUGACAUCAUACGUCAUGGUGUUUACACAGAGAUUAAGCAUCUUGCACAAUGUGUGUCACAGUUGAGUGACUCUCCGCUUAACUUGAAAUGGAGAGUGAGAAAAAGUGUCUUCCACCAUCAAACAACGUCACAAUCUCGGAAUGUUUCUAUCGCAUGUUGUGCUGCUUGGGGCGUCCAUGUUUGUAGCCUGGCCAGGUGGUGUAGAUGGAGCCACAUGUACAACAGCCCAAACAUGUCAGACGACAGACUUCACUCUGUCAACAUGCCCCAGCGGUACCUGUGUUUGUCGCAACUCCUCCUUUGUUCCAGUACGUACUGGCUGCGCAUUGAAACUGGACAAGCCGGUGAUCAUUACAGCCAGUCAAAAAUCUGGUCAGGUAGUUGCUGGGUCUAGCUUCACCCUGUACUGUAGUGUGGCUGAUGCAUCUGACUACGAAUGGUACUUGGGCACCACGAAGCUACCCUCUUCGUCCAGGGACUUUACAGCGGUGGCCACAAGUGUAACAGUCGGAGCAUUCACAUGCAAAGGUAUAGGACAAGACACAACUAUAACAUCAGAUCUAAGUGACCCAUUUACCAUGGAAAUGCUGGGGCCUGGAGGUCUAUCUUCUUCUGAUGUUAAACCUAUUAUACAAAUACCUACUACAGCCGUAGUCGCUGGAUCUACCGUUCGUAUCGGCUGUCUCAACACACCUUUUGGCUACACCGACAUUCUUUACCAGAUUAACGGCAUAGAGACUAAUAGUCCUGCUGUAACGAUUGACAGCACCAAUGCAGGUAAAGAUGUGGUCUGUUACAUGAGAAUACCCCCGACAGGGGUGGCCUUCACACGUCCAUCGAGUGACUAUGCGAAACUACCAACGUUGAUAACCAACAUACUGUCGGUCAGUGUAACGUUCAACAAUCAGUAUGUCACCCAAGUGACCGAUUACUUUUUCACGUCCAUCACAUUGACUUGCACGACGUCACCCAUGGACGCUUAUCUUGGGACGUCUCCAUCUAUCACAUACACUUGGAAGAACUUUGAUGAGGUUCUCGGGUACACGAGCCAGACACUGCCCGUGAGUUCGGAUGGCAAGUACUCAUGUUCAGCAAGUCUCGGCUCUGAAACAGCAGUCAUGUCCAACAAUACUGUCACCGUCGUCUGGACGUCUACAAUUCGAUUGACGAAGAGCUCAAACAGUCCGAUCCAAGGAGGACGAGUUAUCCUCACCUGUGACGACAAGUCCAAUGAAGGCGCCAGUUAUACUUGGUGGAAAGAAACAGAUGUCAUUUAUCGCCAGAUUGACCGGAAGCUUCAACUUGAUGACAUAAGCACUGCGGACAGCGGCACCUACUCUUGCAUGGCUCGGACAAACAGCAUCAACUUUUACGGACGUACCACAGUAACUGUUCAGGAUAAGAUAGUCCGACCAUACAUUUUACACAACUCCAAUGGAUAUUUUAGGGAGAAAGGGGACUACAAACUUCAAUGUAUCACAUUGUCAGAGACUGUUGGAAUGACCUACGAAUGGAUUUACAAUGGUUUGGUGUCAGAAGUAAGAACCAAGUAUUACAACCUUCCCUCUAUCACAAGUAUGAUUGAAGGCGAAUACGCCUGUAGGGCGAUAUUUAGGACUGUAAUAAGUAACACUAGUUCAACACUAGCAAUUACUGUUAAAAAUCCUGGAAGAUUUUGUUAUCAAGACACUGAAUGCAAUGUGGAUCCGGCGUACACAGGUCUAUGUGACCUGAAUGACAGGUGUCAGUGCUCUGAUGGCUAUUGGCAGAAAGGAGACGUUUGCACAAAUGCUGUUGUCCAGACCUUAAGUUCAGUGGUCAUUAUCACGCUGACCAGUGUCAUCGGCACUUUCUUAUAAAUCGACCAUCCAGAAACAACAAAGAAUGUAUUUCUUUCUUUAUCAACUCAUAUCUUUCUAUGAUGAAUUGGAUCGAAGUUAAAAAAAAAUGUUAUUAUUUUUAUUGAUAUUCUUUAAUAUUUUUCGUUGUAGAAGAUAAGUAAUGUUUAGACCGUAGUUCA